AAUAGCUUUGCAUAUAGUUGGAGGUUGCAAAUGUACUUUUAAAAUUUAUAAUCUUAAAUUCACUUGAAUCAGGAUGAGAAUCCAAAAAUUUUCUCAAUGCUUUACUGAGUCAACUCAACAGUUGUUUCUUUCCUGCACUGAGUUGAUACAAGUAUUUAAUUGUAUGUAGAAAGCUACAAAUAACUCCCUGAACAUAUGGGUUUGGAUGGGGAAAACAGUCCGACCACUUUGACAUCUAUAAUGAUCUAAACGUUGCUAUUGAAAAAGUACCGAAAGACAUCGAGGAACGGAAGAUACCUCAGCUCGGCCCUAGUGGCAGCAAAGCGCCUUUUUACUGAUAGGUUUCAUACGGCUUUGAUUGCGGCAGAGCGAAAUGGAGUCCGUUCAAGCUGCUUUCUCCCGAGCAGGCCCUCCGCGGAAGCCACCAAUACUGCGAUGACUGCGAGCGGCUUGGGUCCCAUUUGCGACCUAUAAUUAUGGCAUCACCCAAUCGUCGCCGCUCGCUGUCACAAGGUAACAAACCUUUCCCUACAGCAAGGAAAAGACUACCCAUGGGGAAAAGACUACAACUCCCAAGCGUGCUUGCACGGAAAUGCCUCCCCCGGAAUUAGAAAACCUUAUUGCCGGCGAAGAUGUUUAAGAGCGGGCUGUGCCCACAUCCCGCCAACCCGCUUCCUCCAUCAGAUUUCCGCCUUAAACUCCGCUCGCAAAGGAGGCGCUUACGUUACGGGGUGUGUCGCAAGAGCGAAAAACCAAGCACGCCCCUUGCAGCUCAGAGCGGCCACGUGACCCACCCGUGGCCCUGUCAGCUGAUCUCUGCUAAGCCGUGGCGGUCGUCUACUCUAGGCAGUGAUGGAGUUUCUUCUCGGCAACCCUUUUAGCUCUCAGGUCGGACAGCGCAUUGAGAAAGCUACUGAUGGCUCCUUACAGAAUGAAGAUUGGGCUCGUAACAUGGAAAUAUGUGACAUCAUUAAUGAGACAGAAGAAGGGCCCAAAGAUGCUUUUCGAGCCAUAAAGAAAAGGAUUGUGGGAAAUAAGAAUUUCCAUGAAGUGAUGCUGGCUUUGACAGUCCUUGAGACAUGUGUCAAAAACUGUGGCCAUCGCUUUCACAUACUGGUUGCUAGCCAGGAUUUUGUAGAAGGUGUAUUAGUACGAACCAUCCUUCCCAAAAACAAUCCUCCAGCCAUUGUACAUGAUAAGGUGCUGACCCUCAUCCAAUCCUGGGCUGAUGCUUUUCGUAGUACACCGGACCUGACUGGGGUUGUGACUGUUUAUGAGGACCUGAGGAGAAAAGGCCUGGAGUUUCCCAUGACAGAUCUAGAUAUGUUAUCACCCAUCCAUACACCCCAGAGGACUGUAUACACGCCACCAGAGUGCCAGUCAGGAGUUAUUUCAUCAGCAGAUUCUCCUCAAGCGAUAGAUUCAAUCCUGCACCCUGUAUCUUUACCACAAGUUCCAGAAAUUGCAGCUGAGGCCUCUAUCACACCUACGACAGACCAGAUUGGAAAAUUACGCAGUGAACUGGAAGUGGUGAAUGGAAAUGUAAAAGUAAUGUCUGAGAUGUUAACAGAAUUAGUGCCAGGACAAACUGAACCUUCUGACCUUGAACUACUCCAGGAACUGAAUCGGACGUGUAAAGCAAUGCAGCAGCGUAUAUUGGAGCUGAUUCCCCGCAUCCUUAAUGAACAGUUAACUGAAGAGUUGCUCAUCGUCAAUGACAACCUCAACAAUAUUUUCCUGCGCCACGAACGGUUUGAACGGCUCCGAUCUGGCCAGCCUGCAAAGCAACAAAAUGACACAGAGAAUGAAAACAGUAUGCUUGACAUGGGACCUAGUAUCACACCAGCACAAAAAGUUCCAGAAACUGUCAAUACACUUUCAUCUCAACUUGCAGGAAUUGAUCUCGGUUCUAACAGUGUCAGUUCAGGUUUACAAUCCCUCAAUAAUUCCAGCAAACUGGAAGAAGAGUUUGAUAUGUUUGCACUGACCCGUGGCAGUUCCUUAGCUGAACAACGCAAAGAGGUGAAGUAUGAAGAUCCUUUAGCAACAAAAGGUCUAGCUGGAGCCUUGGAUGCCAGACAACAGAAUACAGGAGCAAUUCCUGUAUCCCAGGCUGCUUUCAUGGAGAAUAUUGAACAGUGGAUCUCUGCUGAAGGGGGAAACGAGACAGUGGAUCCAAAGGGUGUCACCAGUGAAGAGUUUGACAGAUUCCUUGAGGAGCGUGCAAAGGUGGCAGAUCGACUUCCUACCCUUCCCAGCACCCCCACAGGGGCUCUUUCCACAUCAACAUCCACUAACUCUGGUCCUCAGCGAAAGAAGGACAAAGAGGAAGAUGCAAUGUUCGCUUUAUGAGCCGUUCUGCCGCUUGGUGUGCCGUGGUGACAAGAGGACCUGUGUGUUCUGCACUGCACUUCUUGGGGGAAGAGAGGGGAAUCCAAAGGAGACAAGAUCGGAGAAAAGAAUCUUCCCCUUUCCCUCUUCCUGCCUUCUUUCCAGACUGCUUCGGGUUAGGUUAAUCAUUGCUGCAAUAGGGGACACUAAAGCAAAGCAAGCAGUAGGAAGAGGUUGCAGAGCUGUCAGAUAUAUUUGCCAGAUGGAUGGGGAUUUCUCCAGGGAGAUCUAGGCAGUCUUGGGUGUAUUCUUCAUUGUUUUGUUGUGCAUAUCUUUCUCCAAUGAUGAUGACUCUUAAAGGUCGUGCUAAAAAUGGGUAAUAGGAUUUGUCAGUUUUUCCCAAUACCACAGGAAGUUGCACAAAAUGGUCAAAUUGAGCAGCUUCUUUCAAUCAGCUAGCUUUUCUGUACUUUUCUUCUCCUCUAGCAUUAAAGAAACUACACAUCCAGUUUGCUGUGACAAAAAAACAGAGUACUGUUUGUGGUCUUUUCACACACACACACACACACACACACACACACACAAACACACGUAAACACUCAGUUACAUACCAAUAUUUCUGCAUGAAGAAUUCUGCUCUCAAGCCAAGCACAUUCUCUCUCCAGUCCAGAUACCAGCUGCAUAGUGCACAAUUCUGAGCAGUAUCAAUUUCUUCCAAGGCUGGCUUUUUUCAGUUUGCAAAGCUAGAAUGUCCAGGAGGCAAAGACUUUUGUGAAAAAAAAGUUGAAUCUGAUGGAACUCACUAUCAUGACUUUUCUGUUUUCACCAUAAUUUUCCCUUAGAUUGUGUUCCACUAUCAUUCAAAGAACUGCAAAUGACAUUCAUCAGAUUUAUGGUUAAAGAAUGGUUUUGGGGGAAGGCAAUAUUGAAUUAUGUCAUGUAAUUGGGAGACUUGCUUUGUAUAUGCCAUAUUAAAGAAAUGACUUCACUACAAA